AUAGUUAAAGAGGCCCCAGCACAUCUUGUACCUAGCAAAGGUGUACUCUGAUCAUCAUCUUGAAACUGAGAGUCCUAUAUCCGACCGGCAUUACCCUAGAAUAUACACAACCAUGACAACAAAGGCAAUCGUCUACGUUGAAAAGGGCAAGGCCGCCAUCCAGGAAGUCCCCAUCCCCAAGCUGCGCGACGGGUACAUCCUCGUCAAAGUCAAUGCUGUUGGCGUAAACCCCACGGAUUGGAAAGGUGUUGAUCUCGGGAUGGGUGAAGUCGGUUCCAGGAUUGGCUGCGACUAUGCUGGCGUUGUCGAGGAGGUUGGACCGAAGGUUACCAAGGCGUUCAAGAAGGGCGACCGCAUUACUGGGAUGGUCCAUGGAUGUGACCGCACCCAAAUUGAGAAUGGAGCGUUCGCCAACUACAUCGUUGUCAAAGGCGAUGUUCAGAUCAAGAUACCAGACAACGUUAGCAACGAGGAUGCCGCGACGCUGGGCGUGUCCAUUUCUACAGUCGGCCAAGGACUCUACAAAACCCUCCAACUCCCAUUCCCAACAGAAUCCACCAAGGAAAACGAUGCGCGGUACAUCCUCAUCCACGGCGGUAGCACCGCAACAGGUAUCUACGGCAUCCAAUUCGCCCGCCUGUCCGGCCUCAAGGUCAUUGCAACCUCCUCCCCACACAACUUCGACUACCUCAAGUCCCUCGGCGCCGAGACAGUCUACGACUACAAGUCUCCAACAGCCGGAGCCGACAUCCGCACGUACACCAACAACGCCCUGACGCUCGCCUGGGACUGCACGGGAAGCGGGGGGAGCAUCAUCGCAAACGCACUCAGCACCGACGGCGGCAAGUACGCGUCCAUCAUGCCCGUGAACAAGGACGAGGUCCUCGCCAUUAACCCGAAGGUCGACGGGCCGUACAUGACGCUUGCGUAUUCGAUCUUUGGAGAGCGGUUCAGGAGGUAUGAGGAGGUUCCGCCCCAGCCGGAUGAGUUUGAGUUUGCGCAGAAGGUCUGGGAGGUUGCGAGGCAGCUUCUGGAGCAAGGGAAGCUCAAGGCGCCCAAGACGUUUGUUAAUCGGGGGGGCAAUGGGUUUGAAGGGGUUCUUAAGGGGAUGGAUGAGCUUAGGGCGAAUAAGGUCAGUGGCGGGAAGCUGGUUUAUACUCUGUAGGUUGGAUAAAAGGCCGUGUGGUACAUACCAACCCUGCUUCGCACGUGCCCAGACCAAGCUUACACCUAGCUACAAGGCACGGGAUAUUGCCAAUUUGGUGCCUAUGACCAAGCUGUAUGGGGGGGCAAUUAUUGAAACACGCCAUUCAAACCAUGUAUUCAGCUUGGGUAUAUCUGCAAUCCUCCCGAUAGAUGAAUGAAAUGUGCCUGUUUCGACAUUGUAUCUCUCACUGCCUAUAAUUGGUUGAUAUUUUAGCCGACGCUGAGGACGCUCUAUCCUCUGAAAGCGAAGACUGCCUGUCCGUCCCAACAUCGAAAAUAUUCAUUU